GUAAUGUGUCACUUCCGGGUUGGCCGCAGUGCGUUGUUAUGCUAGCAUGAAGGCUCGCGUGAACUAGGAAGGCAAGAUAACGGAAAAGGGGGGUAAGCUACGGCCCUCUGAUGAGGAAGUAGUGCGAUGAUAACAUGAAGCUUCUUCUUCUGUGAUUGCGACCUGCAUCUGUUUCCUUGUCCGCGAUGCCGUCCCAGCGCGUCUUCGCCCUGCCGAGGCAACAAUCUCUGCUCCUGCCUGCCGUCAUCAACCCCUUCGUGCAGAACACCAAACUCUCCAACGCCACCAUACUCAAAUGCGUCCUCCAGGGAAUCAUCCUGGUCCCACUUCGUGCCAUCCUCAUUUCAUUGGUGCUCAUGGUGACAUGGCCAGUGGCUGUCAUCAUCACCUUCAAGCACCCUCUCAAGGGGGCUGUGGGCCCGAUGACGGGAUGGAGGAGGCUCAUGUGUCAGAGUGUAAUGGCCGCCCUGGGUAGAGCCUACUACUUCUGCAUGGGCUUUCGAGUGGUGGUCAAGGGCAAGCAGGUGGGCAGCAGCGAGGCCCCAAUCCUAGCUGUGGCCCCCCACUCCACUUUCUUUGACGGCAUCGUGUGCAUCAUGGCCGGCCUACCCUCCACCGUAUCUCGCAUUGAGAACCUGGCCACGCCCAUCUUCGGCAGGUUUGUACGCUGCCUCCAGCCGGUGCUGGUGUCCAGGAAAGACCCCGACUCGAGGAAGAACACCAUCCAAGAAAUCGACAGCAGGGCUAAAUCAGGAGGCCGCUGGCCACAGGUGUUGAUAUUUCCAGAGGGGACGUGUACAAAUCGCUCAUGUCUCAUCACAUUCAAACAAGGUGCCUUUAUUCCAGGCGUUCCCGUGCAGCCUGUGCUUUUGAGAUACCCCAACAAACUAGAUACAGUGACGUGGACCUGGCAAGGUUUCAGCUCGAGGACCCUGCUGCUUCUAACACUGUGCCAGCUUUACACCACGGUGGAGAUUGAGUUCUUGCCACCUCACAUCCCCACAGAGGAAGAGAGGAAAAGUUCUGCUUUGCUAGCCAGCAGGGUGAGACACAUCAUGGCCCGGGCGCUGGGAGUCCCCGUGACAGACCACACGUAUGAGGACUGCCGCUUGAUGAUCUCUGCUGGGGAGCUGACACUCCCCAUGGAGGCCGGCUUGGUGGAAUUCACCAAAAUCAGUCGCAAGCUCAACUUGAAGUGGGACAACGUGAGAAAGGAGUUGGACGGUUUCGCUGCCAUGGCCAGCUCAUGUAAAGGAGGACGCAUCACCAUCAAGGAGUUUGCCAGCUUCCUCAAACUCCCCGUCAGCCCCGCCCUACAGGAGCUUUUUGCCCUGUUUGACAGGAACGGCGAUGGCACCAUAGAUUUCAGAGAGUACGUCAUUGGAGUGACCAUCCUGUGUCGACCAGCCAACACUGAAGACGUGCUUCGGAUGGCAUUCCGGCUCUUUGACACAGAUGAGGAUGAGAAAAUCACCCGGGAGGAGUUCACAGCGCUGCUACGCUCAGCUCUGGGCGUGUCCGAUAUCAACAUGGUCAAACUUUUUAAAGAAAUCGACGCAGACAACUCUGGUUUCAUCACAUUCAGUGAGUUUCAAGCCUUCGCUAUGACCCACCCUGAGUACGCCAAGCUGUUCACCACCUACCUGGAGCUCCAGCGGUACCAAGCCAUCCAGGAGGCAAGUCCCGGCGAUCUGGAACUGUCCGGUCAGGUCAGUUCAGGAGAUAGCCAGGAAGACAGCAUCUCGGAUAAGAAAGACGACUGACAACCCGAUCCGUGGUCCACUCCGCUGCCCCCUGGUCCGAACCAUGUCUUAGGUCGCGUGCUUGCGUUUUUAUGGACGUUUUUAGACCACUUUUUUUGUUUGUUUGGUUUCAGUCUCAGUGCCUUAUGGUGCAGACACAAUAACUCCACCUGUCGAAGUUGCAGCUAAGUCACAAAUACUCCUUCUUUUAUAUAUAUAUUACUAUAUCAUGUUGCAGCCUUAUUCUAACAUUUUUGGAAAUAUACAAAUCAAAAAAUAUCAUUAACACUCUUUUUUGUCUUAUUAGUACAUUUUUACUGUAUUUUUGGCCAUAUUUUUUGUUGUUACGCCUUUGUACAUGAUUUGUCCGAAGAGGGUUUUUUUCAUGUUACGUUUUAAAAUUUCAAUGUCUAUACAAUGAUCGUUAAUUCAAUAAAAGCCAAAAAGGACAUAAAAGUCAUCCUUUUUUUUUUUCCAAAGGGCAAAAAAACUUCAACCCUAAAAAAAUACCAAACAGGAAAUAUUUGUAUUUAUUAUUUUAACCUUUUAGUGGCCUUUUGAUCAAAUCAUGUCACAAUUUUCAAGUACCGGUUGUACAAAUUUGCAUACUUGAGUUAUUUUGCCAAUUUUUCAACCUGUGACAUUAUCUGAUCAAAAGGCCUUCAAAAGAGUAAAAAUUUAAAGAAAUGAAAAUAAAAAAAAACAUGACAUGUUUGAUAUUUCUGUUUAGAACUAAGGUUUAUGGAGGUAUGUAAGCAAAAAAAAAAAAAAAAUCCAAAAUGUAACACCCUUCAAAAACUAAAGAAUUGUAUUGUUAUUGUUCUUACUAUUAUUAUUAUUUAUAGUAGUAGUAUGUUCUGUUUUGCUUUAAAGAUACUUAAAAUCAAGAGGGUUAAAAAAAAAAUUAAGCAAAAGGUAGAUUAGAAAAUGGCAAAUUAAAUAAGUUAUAAAGUCACAUUUUAAAAUACUAAAAUAAAAUUAAAUGUUUUACAUUUAUUUUUUCAAAUAUGUUAUUAAAAAAAAUGUGACAUUAUGUACUAACUGACUCAACAGCGCCUCUGCUGGUUGCAGACAUGUACUGCACUCUAUUUUGCUUCAAGCCAACAUUAAUCAACUGUCAAUAAAAUUUGACCAUUUAAUCAAUAAUCGCCCCCCCCCAUCCGCUCGUGGGUCCGACUCGAUGUAUUGGACAUGAUAUGUAAAGACGCUGAUGUGUCCACAAAGGCCUCGGAGAUGACGCAACAUGUCCACCAAGCUGACAUGAUGGUGACAAGACACAGAUGUUUCUGGAAGAGGCUUCUGCUGCCAUUGAUGUUCUCAAGGACACACAAGCCUCUCCUUGACUCUAAUUCGUACAUCCUCGGGACAACCUCGACUUUUCCCAGAGCCGCAAAGGCGGGCCUGCCUGAGGGAAGCCACUUUGCAAUUACAGUAGAGCGGAACCUCUUAAGAAGGUCCAUCAGCGAGCCUUCCCAAAACUAAUCAUCUGUUCCAAAGUCAAACUGUGCCCAUCUUUACUACAGCUUAGCAUACAAGUGUAAAAAGAAGUAAAUCACCCUAUGAUGGUACUUAUGUGUUUUAAGGAAGCAACCAGUCCAAUUUAGAUCACAUUUCCCUCUUCUUUUUUUUCUUUUUUUUUCCAUGUCAAUAGAUAUUAACUGCGUUUAAAAAAAUUGUUACUUAGCCAUGUUGUACCGAGCAGCCACGACUGGAGCGGGAUAUCAUGGCCAAGUUACCAAAUCAAGUCGAUUUCGAUUCAUAGGCUUCUAAAUCCAUUAAUCACGAUUCUAUUAAAUCUACACUUAAAUAUUAAAAAUUUCUACAACAAAAAUUACAAAUAUAUUUUUUCUCUUUAUCAUAAACAGCUAUGGACAGUUUCAACUUUCCUAAAAGUUUCAAAGUACAAUUUUUAAGAGGAAAAGAAUUGCAAGCGCAACAUUCCGCUACUACGAAUUGUUUCUUCCAGUGCAAAAUAAUUAAGAGUAAAUAUGUAAGCUGUUCUUUUAGGACUCUUAUUUUCUUAACAAAGUCCCACAGAGAUGUUAUUGUAAAAGCCAGAAUUGUGCACUGGGUUUUUCUGGGGGCAUUAAUUAAGCCUUGUGAAUUAUCCAUUCAUCCAUCCAUUGUCUACCGCUUGUCCCUUUUUUUGGGUUGCAGGCCUUGUGAGUCAAUAUUGCAAAAUUAAAAAAAAAAAGAUUCAUAAUCAAUCAAAUGGGUUAUUUUACCCAACUAUGUUGCAUUCAGCUCUAUUUUUCUGUUCUGUGGUUAUCAUCACACUUUUAGUCAUAUGAGUGUUUAUGUUAUUUUUCCUUAAGUGUUGGUCCAAUUUCAAACCAUAUUUUGAGAUUCUAAUGUGAAUGUAAAAGUUUGUAUCUAAAAAAACAAAACAGAUUUUAGCAUAAGGCUGCAACAUAACAAAUUAAAAAAGCAAAUACAUUGCAUUGUUUUGUGCUUCAGUCUUGACUGGUUUUAAUCACUAAUGCUAGUUUAAAGUCUCUUUUAUGCACAUUUGCAUCACAUUUAAAUAUUAUCAUGUUACAUAUCACACUGUGUAUUCAAUUCAGUUGAUGGGCACAUUUAAAAACACUAACAGCGAGGGGUGCACAAAAAAUAUAUUUACAUCCGAAACAUGAUUCUUAUUUAACCCGAUUAUAAAACGAUUCAAUAUAAAAAAGAAAAACAAAUUCUUAUCUCCAUGAAACCUGAAGGAGUUCUUCUAACCUGUGACCUGUUUUGAAUAAGUUCCAUUGUAUUUAUUAUACCAAAUUAUACAUUGCGAGAAUCUGUUUGAAUGGAGAAUCGAUUCUGAAUCGAAUCGCACCCCAGGAAUCAGAUCAAACCGUUAGGUGCUCAAAGAUUCACACCGCUAAUGUCCAAAACCACGUCACAAAACAUUUCUUAUAUGUUAGUCAAACAACAAGUGAGUUUUUUUUAACUAAUUCUUGUGUUUUGCUGCGUGUCAUUCCUUAUAUCAGUGGUGUCCAAGCUACGGUCCGCGGGCCAAAUGCGGCGCGCACAAAUUCAACAAACAAUGGCAGGAGUCAUAUCAUAUACAAAUAGCCAGGGGUCAGAUAGCUGCCAUUAUGUCACCAUCUGGUGGCCAAUGAAAUUACCUCAACCUUUAAUUAUACUUGCAAGACAAACAGCACCUCAUUUACUUAUAUGACCCAAUCCAAACAACCUUCCCUAGUCA